AUGAGCGGCCACGUUGCUCAGUCUGCAUUAAUCAGAAUCGGGAGUGCGCCUACCUUUGCCCAGAUUGAGAAGUUACAGGGUGAAAUUGCAAGGUUCAAAGCCUUCAUAUCGUUCCUCAAACAGUCUUCGACACAGGCGCGGGCCAAGCUUCUGGAAGAAACAGAAAUUAAUGGCAGCCAGGUUUCGAUCCCAGACUGGUCGAAGACGAAAGUGAGGCCCAAUGCAAGCGAAGAAGCACUAGGCUCAUUGCAACCGCCCUCGGUAAGCCCGAGGAGCGCAAGCGAUUCAUCGGAUGACGAAAACGACGUCGCGCCCUUCGUCUCUCUGGACGACACCGGAAAUCCGAGCACGUUUGGGCUAUCGUCCGCAUUCCAUUGUCCGGCAAGCAAAGAACAAGCUCUUUCACGGUUGCCUCACCCAGUAACACCGGAUUACGCCAGGCAUGAGCUAGUUGCAAAUGCAGCAUUGCAACGGCAACGUGAGUACAAUAUUGCUCAGCUACCCGAUAUUGACGGAGUGCCUACAGAACUUGCCAUGCAUUUGCUAGACCUUCACUGGACCAGGCAGCAUCACACCUUCCUUCUCACUUACAGACCGGCUAUAAUGGCCAAUUUGCUUCAGGAGAACGGCCCGUAUUGCUCUAAAUUCCUGUUGAACGCAAUUUUUGCAUGCUCGAGUAAGUUCUCCCAGCGUCUAGAGGUGCGCGACGACCCAGGCGAUUCUAUGACGACGGGUCAACGUUUCUUCCAACGCUGCGACGAGUUACUUGCUCAGGAUUCUCUAUUUCUUCGUCCAAGCAUACCAACCGUGAUCGGACUACUUCUUCUUGGAUCAACAUAUAAUGCACGAGGUGAAACCUCCAAGGGUUGGCUUUUCACAGGGUAUGCCCUCCGUAUGGUGUAUGACCUUGGUCUUCACAUUGACCCAAAGGGCCCUAAAUACACACUGGAAGAUAUGGAAAUACGACGGCGAGUGUUCUGGGGAGCAUUCAUCUGUGACAAGUUACAGAGUCUGUACCUAGGACGUCCUGUAGGAAUCGGACUCCGAGACUGCCAUGUUUCGCGGUGGUUCCUAGACGUCUAUGAGGAAGAAGAACUAUACUUGCCUUAUCUCGAUCCCAAGUUCCCACCUGCCUCCACUCCGAGUAUUCCACCACGUCUGCCGUCUCCUAUCCACUCUGUAACAACAUUUCAAUCAUUUUGCCUAUUGUCACGAAUUAUGACCAAGAUCAUUAAUCGUCUCUAUGUCGUGGGUGCUAAGCUAUCCCGUGCGCACAAAAGCUUGCAAGUCAUCGAUAAUACGCUCCAGGGGUGGAAGAGAAAUUUGCCCGAGAAAAUUGAUUACGAGCCAACAGUUGCCCUAUCACAGGAUGAGGGUGUGCCAAUUCGAUACCCUCCUCCAAACGUUCUAAAUUUGCAUGGUAUUUAUUAUUCGCUGAUAAUUCUUCUCCAUCGACCAUUUAUCGCCGAUGGCCAUUUACGAUCAACAGGGACACCUGCGUCAUCUUGGGAGAGAUGCACAACUGCAGCUCGGUGUAUCACGAGCAUUGCAUUGGCGUACAAAGCUGCUUACAGGCUCGAGGCAGCCCCCUACCUGCUAAGUUAUGCUUUAUAUGUUGCCUGCACCAUUCACGUCCGUAAUGCGGCCGCCGGUACAAACGGCACCGGCCAGGAGUAUUUCUUCUUAAUGGAGAGCCUUCAGUGCUUAGAUGAUAUAUCACAGGCAAACCCCGGGGUCAGAACACCAGCCAAUAUCAUCAGACGCUUGAUGGCGGCGACUCGCUUAGACAGGAUUGAUACUGGUAUACAAAACACGUCGAGUAUCGAUUUCCAUCUCUCCUCAAUCGAUCUGGAUGCAAUUCUAAAUAUGUUCCCGUCAAAGGAUCCUAAUGAUGCAAUCGAUCACAACACUAGUACCUCCAUGAAUAUGUUUGAACAAUUUGUUGCGGUUGAUCCGUUAUUCGGGUUGAUGAACGCUCGGCUGCACACCCCUUCAGAUGUGGCGGAUUUCGCCUCCUUGGAUGGUUCAAAUACAAUACCCGAAGUAUAG